AAACUUUAUGUAAAUUCAAGAUUGAGGUGAAGUUGAUUGAUUGUUAGGUUCUUUUUGUUUGUUUUGGUGACCCCAUUAGUGGGUUUUGCUUGGAUUUUGCUUAGAUCUAAAGGUUUGGCAAAUGGGGUUGCUCUUUUUUGGAUCAAAAUUGCUUUUUUCAAUGCACCCAUUUUGAUGGUUUUAUUUGAUGUUGUAUGCAUUUUAUCAUAUAUGAGUAUCAGUUUUUAAGUUGCUAAGUUUCUGGAUUUGCUGAAUUCUAUGUUUUGAUCUGUUCAUGUUCUUGUGUGUUGGUUAUUUUGAGAAAUUAGAGUGAUCUAGUGCAUAACUUUGUCAGAAAAUGGAAGGAAUUUUAGGGGAAAAGACUUGCUCUUUCGAAUUCAAUUGUUGUUAAUUUGGUAGUGAAAGGAGAAAGCGCGUGCGUGUGUGUGAGAGAGAGAAAACGGAAAACAACACUAACGAAAACAAAAUGAUAAUGAUUUGGGCGACUGGAGGAUCAUCAACAUCUUCCGGUGUACCAGAAAGUGGUGGUGCUGGUAGUAGUAGUGGGAGGAGGAAACCAUCAUGGAGAGAAAGAGAGAAUAAUAGGAGAAGAGAGAGAAGAAAAAGAGCUGUGGCUGCUAAGAUUUAUACUGGUUUAGGAGCUCAAGGCAAUUAUAAUCUUCCUAAACGCUGUGAUAACAAUGAAGUUCUUAAAGCUCUUUGUAAUGAAGCUGGUUGGAUUGUUGAACCUGAUGGCACCACUUAUUGCAAGGGAUGCAAGCCAACUCCGAUGGAGAUUGGAGGCACUUCAGCAAACAUCACGCCAAGUUCUUCACGGCAUCCUAGUCCCCCAUCAUCAUACUUUGCUAGCCCAAUUCCGUCUUAUCAACCAAGUCCAACUUCAUCUUCUUUCCCCAGUCCAUCCCGUGCUGAUCCCAACAUGAUGUCAUCACACCCAUACUCUUUUCUCCAUAAUGCCAUUCCAUCAGCCCUUCCUUCAUUACGAAAAUCAAACAGUGCCCCUGUAACACCACCUCUUUCAUCACCAACUAGACAUCCACCUAAGCAAAUAUUCAAUUUGGAAACUUUGGCCAAAGAAUCAAUGUUUGCUUUAAAUAUCCCUUACUUUGCUAAUGCGUCAGCCCCAGCAAGCCCAACUCGCGGUCAGCAUUUUACUCCUCCGACUAUACCUGAGUGUGACGAAUCUGACUCAUCUACCAUUGAUUCAGGUCGGUGGAUCAACUUCCAAAAGUAUGCACCCAAUGUUCCAGCUUCUCCAACUUUUAAUCUUGUAAAACCUGUGGCUCAGCCACUUCGUCCUAAUGAUGUGAUCACAGAGAAGAAGGGUAAGAGCGUAAAAUUUGACUUUGAAACUGUAUCAGUCAAGGCAUGGGAAGGGGAAAGGAUUCACGAUGUAGGAUUCGAUGAUCUGGAACUCACUCUUGGAAGUGGCAAUGCUCGCAUGUGAUGAAGCACGUUGCAUUCUAGUGGAUUAUUCAAGUUUCGUCUGGAGAGAUAUUGCACAAAUGUAGAUCUUGCAUAAAUUGCUUCUUAGGAUGGAUUGGAUAUUUUCUGUUGCUAUUUACCGUAUGUAUAACAUUCUUUUCCGUUUUCUUCCUAUAUCUGAAAAGGCCCCUUUAAAUUUAGACGCGUCAUUUCACAAGCAUUACGUGUAGAUAUGUGCUUGUUCCUGUGGUCGACAAUCAUUUUCUUCAUUGUAGACUAGAUGGAGCUUCUCCGUUGAACUAUCCACAAUUUUUCGUUUAUUAGAACUUGCUUCUUUUGAUGGAUCCAGCUUCAAUUGAAAUGGACAAUGUAUUUUUGUAGUCA